AUUUUACGAUGUAAACCGUCAAAUCACGUCUAUCACGCGAUUUAAAACCUUUACCGCUUCCUGCUUCUAAUAUGACCACGCCCACGCCACCAAAAGAGGAUUUAGUUUAAAACUGACGAUAACGACGAGUACUACAAGUGCAAAGAAAAACUGGCUUCCUUUCUCAUCUUAUAAUGAAAAAAUACAAAAUGCCGAAUUUUAGCAUAUUUGUAUGUGUGCCGUAUGCAUUGCAAACAUGAACAAAAGCAGCCUAAAUCUUUAGUAUUGAUAUUUACAAUCAUAAUGGUAUUGCAGUAUUUAAAGUGUAAAGCACAAUAAACAAUACAUAAUGCAAUGAAUGCAAGCAGCUCAAGAACUUUAGCAGCAAUCUGUGAAUCAUGUACCACUAAAAUCCAGAGUGUUGCUGAGCUGUUACUGUUGUCAUGUUGUGUUCGACCAGUGCUUACAGAAACCAUAAGAUUUCUACCAUCAGAAAAGCUGCACGACUCUAUUACUUCAACACUUAGAUCAAUUACCGACUUAUCCAAAACUUUGGUCUCCAGCGUUCACAUGAUUUCAGCAAAAUGGGUUGAAAUAUGUGACUCGGUUGAAGAACUGUCCUCUGUACUUAUUAAAUUUAUGGAAAUAAUUUGCCAUGCCUGUUAUCUUAUAACUGUAAACUUUGCAAAGUGUACACUGGCAGAAACAGGAUUAAUAGAUAAAUAUUCCGUUUGUUACUCAGGGCUUGAAAUCAAACUAAGUUGUUUCCGAUUGAAACGAACACGUAUUGACGAACUUUCUCCACAAAUUAUCAUAGAUCUGUGUUCUAAUAUAUCCAAGCAUAUUGCUGUGAUCACUGACAUCUGUCGAACUGCAGGACAAAAUGUAAAAGAUGAGGGUCUACAAGAUCAAUUUAAACUUAGUGUCAAAAGUGUAACUUGUGCAGCGGGAUGUCUCAUAGCAAGCAUCAAAUCAUACAAAUCCAAUCCCAACAUUACCCAGCAUUCCAGAGUGAUGGUUUUCUGUGAGCCUGUUAUAGCAUCGUCUCAAGCACUAGUUGCAUUUGCUACAGAGAAAGACUUUAAUGGCUGUGAAGGAACAUUAACAGUUCAAUCUAAAGAUGUUCAAAAAAGAAUUUUAGGUUCCUGUAUGAGUGUGGUAUCUGCCUCUAUACAGCUUUGUAAAACUGUGCGUGAUCUAACAUAUGACAUGAUUACCAGUCAUCAUAGAGAAAGACUCAAGUCGUGUACGGAAGCCAUAUCUCAUGGAGCAGUCAAACUCAUAAAAAUUCUUGAUGAUUACGACAUCAACAAACUUUUGAGUGAUUACAUAGCUAAACAACAUGAUCUGUCACCUGACCUAUCUAGGUUUUGUAGUAAUCAGUCGUUGCCUUUCUUGCCUGACAUGUCUCUGUCGUCAUUGCCCAUGUUGUCAAGUCCAACUUUAGUCAGUAGAUCUUUUGACAGUACAAGCACAACGUCUUCAGUGGAAACUAACUCUUUUUCACUAUAUUCGGAAGAUGAAAAUAGUCAUUCUGUCAAUGAGCGUAACCAUGGUGAUCAAAGCAACACUCAGGAUCACCAUAGUGAUAAUUCUACCUCUUUUUCAAGCUCAGAAAAUUCAUUAGCAUCUAGAUAAAUACAUGUUAUCAUGGUUACCAUAUUGAGAUUUUUUUAGCUUGUUGAGUCAUAAUAAAUUAUUAUUUCAU